AUGCUGUUGCCAAGUAUUUUUUUGUUUCUUCUGGGGUCCUUGGAGGCCAUACCAGAAGAAUACACAUCUGAUUAUGACUUGGUCGGCUUUAAUUCGAAUUUCGGUGACACAAAAUACCGCCUAGCGGAUACAGUGUAUCCUCUUUUGAUGAGGUUGGAUCUCGACGUCUACUUAAAUGAAAGUCGCUUCGUUGGAUUUCUUAGGAUGGACAUUGAAGUGAGAGAAGAGAAUCUGCAACAAAUUGUUUUUCAUCAAAAAGUUGAAUCAAUUACAGCUAUGGAUAUAGUUAAUGCUGACAACACUGUCAUAAACCUUCAAUUCCCAAAUCCAUUCAUCACUGACGACUACUAUGAGAUCGUAAAGCUAAACCUCGCUGGGCCUAUCCCCGCUGGUAACUAUACCAUCACCAUGAAUUAUACUGGGAUUAUUAGUGACAACCCGUUUGACGCAGGUCUUUACAAAGGUUAUUACUUCUAUAACAACGAAGAAGUAACUUAUGCCACCACGCAAUUUUCUCCAUACUCUGCGAGACGUGCCUUCCCCUGUUUUGAUGAACCUAAGUUUAAAUCUCGCUAUGUGCUUAGUGUCACCCGUGACAGUAACCUUAGCCACACAUACUCAAAUAUGCCCAUCGCUGAGACUAUACCAAUUGGUGCCAAUCGGGUUCGUGAAGUUUUUCACCCAACACCUAUAAUUUCGGCCUAUCUGGUCGCCCUACACGUAAGCGAUUUUGAAGAAACAGAACUGUCCAGUACCGAUGCUAGACCCUUCAAAGUUAUAUCCCGUCGCGGUGCCCUUGAUCAACAUAAAUGGGCUGCUGAAACUGGAGUACGAAUUACUAAUGAAUUAGAUGAUUACCUUGCUAUCCUGUAUCAUGAGAUGGGUCAAGGCAUUUUAAUGAAAAAUUAUCAUAUUGCAGUGCCAGAUUUUAAAUUUGGUGCCAUGGAAAAUUGGGGCAUGGUUAACUACAGAGAAGCAUUUCUUCUAUACGACGAAAACAACACCAAUCUCAUAAAUAAAAUCAACAUCGCUACUAUCAUGGCCCAUGAACUGGCUCAUAAGUGGUUUGGCAACCUCGUCUCCACAUUCUGGUGGAGUAAUGUUUGGAUUAAAGAGUCCUUUGCUAGUUAUUUUCAAUAUUUUGCAGCUCACUGGGCGAUUCCUGAAUUUGAAUUAGACUAUCAGUUUGUAGUGGAUCAUGUGCAUAACGCUCUCGCUCAUGAUGCUUCUUUAACAGCUAAGCCUAUGAACUGGACAGAUGUGGCCAGCAACCCAACAGUCAUAGCCCAUUUUUCUACUACAAGUUACGCAAAAGCUGCUUGUGUUCUCAGGAUGAUGGAACAUUUUGUUGGUUUUAGAAACUUUAGACUUGCUCUUCGGUACUACCUUAGAGAAAACGCGUACGGUAUUGGUACCCCUGCCGAUGUGUAUGCUGCACUUACGCGUGCCGUUUCCGAAGAUUUUCAAUUUCUUCGCGACUAUCCCGGUAUCGACGUCAGCGCCGUAUUCGACAGUUGGGUGCAGAAUCCUGGUUCUCCAGUCGUCAAAGUUGAAGUUAAUACAGUGACUGGCGAUAUUAGUAUUUCUCAGCAACGCUUUGUUAUCUCCGGCACCAGACCCGAGCACAUUUGGCACAUACCUCUUACGUGGACUCACGAGGGUGCCAUUAAUUUCAAUGACACUCGACCUAAACUUAUACUCUCUACCUCAUCUACUGUCAUCCAGAAUACAACCAAUUUAGGAAGCAAUUGGGUUCUCUUCAACAUAGCUCAAUCUGGUCUUUACCGAGUGAAUUACGAUGACAAUAACUGGCAAAGAAUUGGAAAUUACCUCAAAGGACCCUUUAGACAAAAUAUUCACAAGUUGAAUAGGGCUCAGAUUGUCAACGAUCUUUUGUAUUUCAUUCGCUCUGGAGACGUGAACAACACCGUAGCUCUCGACGUGUUGGACUUCCUAAGGCAUGAGACCGACUACUACGUAUGGAACGCAGCUAUUGGUCAGCUACAAUUCAUCCACAGGCGCUUUGAACACAUGCCUGUUGCAUAUGACGCAUUUUCGGCUUAUCUUCUCAAUCUCUUGGAAAAUGUUAUUCAACAUCUCGGUUAUGAUGAGCGGCGUACCGACUCCACAUCCGACAUCCUUAACAGAAUGCAAAUCUUGAAUUACGCCUGCAAUCUUGGACACACUGGCUGUAUCUCCGAUUCCUUGAACAAGUGGAGAGCACACAGGGCUAAUGUAAACCAAUUGAUUCCGGUGAACUAUCGCCGCUAUGUUUACUGCGUUGGUCUACGAGAAGGUGAUGCCACGGAUUAUGACUAUCUGUUUAACCAAUACGAAACCUCAGAGAACGCUGCCGACAUGGUGGUCAUUCUUCGUGCUCUCGGCUGUACUAAACAUGAAGCAUCUUUUAAUCAUUAUUUGCGUCAGUCACUCGUGAAUCGCAAAAUCCGACUCCAGGAUCGCACAAGCGUUGUGAGUUUUGGAUUGCAAGGCAAUAAAGAGAAUAUACCGCUUGUACUCAAUUUCCUUUACCAGAACUACAAUGAAAUCAGAACUGCAUAUGGCGGACCAGAGAGAUUAGAUAUUGCAAUAAGCAGCGUUUCUGGUUUCUUGACUGAAUUUAAAUUGAUUCAACAGUUCCAAACAUGGGUGUACCAAAAUCAGAUUGGUUUAGCAGAAUCAUUUAACACCGGAGUUGGCGUUGUUAAUUCAGCGAUCGCGAAUCUACAAUGGGGAAAUCAAAAUGUAGUUGAAACCUACAGCUUUAUUAUUGAGAGAACUGCAAGUUAA